GAUUAGCGAUCGCGAAUUACGUGGUUUAAUUGAGACUAAUCCCAGUUGGUUGGAUUUUCAUUCACAAAAAUCCAACAAGUGUCGAUCACGAUCGACGACUCGCGAUCGCGAUCGACUGUUGGUAUGCUUCUCGUGUCGGCGGGGACUGUUGUUUGUCGCAAUGAGUGGCCCAGAGUUGGAAAACCGAAUGGCUCGUCAGUUGGUGUGAAGCACUUGAACGGUGAAAUAGUGCCACAGAACAUUCACUCUUCUCAAAUAAAAUAUCUUCUUUCACAUUUCCUACUGUUUCUCCAACCUUUUUUUUUAUUCUUCGUCUUCAACCAUACCAAAGAAAUUUUUAGAAAAAAAGAACAGUUGAAAAAAACCGAGUAUUCAGAGAGAUUGAUAGAGGUUUGAGAGUCAGAGCGAAGAUAGAAUAAUAGUCGAAGAAAAGUGAGUGAUGAUUGGCCAGAAAAGGCAACUAAAUGGUGGUUAUUUGGACAAGUGACAACAUUUGGAUUAUUUAACUGCAAGACAUUUGCAAUUUCAACAAUACCUCACCAAGCACAAGACACACCGACCUGAUAAGAGUCUCCCAAGAUGCUGUUUCCUUCAGGACUGGCCACAUUCGGUGUCCUGCUCCUCUCGCUCGUCACACCUUCAUUCACCUCCCCAACAUGUCCCACAGGCUGCACUUGCAUCCUGUCCGGAGACUCUGCCGACAAAUACAGCCACAUGAGAUGCCAUAGUGCUGCCGGCAUUGCUGAAGUGGGCCCAAUUUCUGUCGAGACACUCGAUCUGUCCAAUGCCGGCAUCGUGCGACUCACAAAUCAACUGGAGAAUCUUCAGAAUCUGAGCUACUUGGACUUGUCCAACAAUCGCCUCUCAGAGGCCAGUAGACUCAAUAAACGCAUCCGAGUGCUCAAUUUGAGCCACAAUCGCAUCACUUCCGGGAAGCUCGGGAAGCUCCCGGUGCGUCUUCAAGUGCUCAAUCUCACUCACAAUGAGAUCACCCACUUGCCGCUGAUUCUGAUGAAACUGAAGGAUCUCAAGCAGAUUGAGCUUGCUGGGAAUCGCAUUAACUGCACAUGCGAGACGCUGCAAGUGAGAAAUUGGCUCCAGGAGCGCCAUGUGUGGACGGAUCAGCUGGUGAAAUGCCAUUCUCCGUUGCGGUUCAAAGGGCGUCCUUGGCUUCAAGUAAAGCAGGCGGAUGUCUGCGAGGAUGAUAGAGAGAAGAACAUCUGGGGAGAUUCUACAGAUGGAGACAAUGAGCUCAUGAUGGGAGAUGCCCCAGCUUUCAGCGGAGAUUACGAUGAAGAAGAGGAUAACAUCGAACACGACUACCUUCCAUAUGACCACAAGAAGCCUUCAGAUGAAGUAGAUGAAGAUGAAGAAACAGGAUCAGGUGAUGAUGUCCCUGUUAAAUCUGACACGACAGAACGGCAAGCAAAAGCCUUCGAUGGAAUGACUUUCGAAGGUUCAGGAUUUAGUGGCAGAUUGGCAGUUGAUCAGGCAUCAGAAUCUCCGGAAGAUGAAGACGAUGAAGAGUACGAUGAUGGUUCCGGAAGUGGAGCUAUUCUCCUGCCUCCGGUAAUUCCUGCUCAUGAUGGAAUUAUCGAUGUGGACAAUGCUUUUGAACCACCAAGCGAAGAUGAUGAUCACGCCCCUCCAAUCCCAGAACCCGAUGAGGAAGUCACAAGGCCUUCAAUUCCAGACCUAGGUAUCUUUGCUGGGCACGAUUUCCCCAAAGAAGACGAAGUAACUCCUGCUAAUGAAGUCGUGCCAGCAGUUGUGAGGAUGCCGGAAGUCUCAGCUGUUCCGGCGGAAGAAGGAUCAAAAGACGCGUCAGAUAAGGAGGAUAUAGUCGAUAGCGCAAAGGCUGGCGCUGAAGUGUCCCAAGAUAUCCGGAUUGCUGAAGAUACUCCUGAGAAGGCUGAAGAAAACAGAGCUACGGUUAUCCUUUUGGUUGUAGUAGGAGUAGCUCUUGUUGGCCUAGUGGCAUUUAUUAUAACCAAGAGAAGGAAACGCAGCCGAAGGAAUCGAGCUGAUGCUGAAAAUCCGCGUGGAGAAGAGCUGCUAGAUAUGGACAAAAAGCUCCUGGGGAAACCUGUCCAAAAAAAUGGAAAUCCCGAGAGCGCACCUUUGAUGCCAAACAGAGAUAAGUCUGAUUACGCAAGGCCAGUGAAUGGGGACAAGGUGGACACAGCAGCACCAAUUUCCAACUACGAAAGACCUCCUUCACCCAAAAAGGUUGAAGAGCCUGUGCAGAAGAGAGAAAAUGCUCCUAUGGCUCAAGAACCUUCAGCUCCUCCGGCGGAGGAGGAGAAAAAUCCCAGAAGGAGCCUGUACGACAAUGAUGGAAGUGCUCCGGGAUUGAAUAACAACGAACCAGCUGCCAGAGAUCACAAUGAACUUCCUGGGUCGGAAGCACCGCUGACAAAUGGCUUGGAUCACACGCCAACACAUUUGCAAAAUGGGGAACCGGCUGAAGGACAGCCACAGGGGUCAGAACCCGAAGAGAACAAAUACGUGCCUAAGAGCCCAGCUCUAGCUAGGUACAGUCCGGUAUAUUCGCCGGAAACGGGAAGGGUUAAGAUAAAACUGACAGAAACACCGAAGCCCAAAACUCCCCUCCUCGUCACACGAAGUCGAUCGAAUGCCGGCGAAAUUAUCACGACGCCCUACACGAGCCCUAUUCGAGGUCAGCAACCGACCUAACCUCAAUUUUCAGGGUGCGAGCAUGUUUUUUUGAUAGUCUUCAGUGUCCAAUGUGAGAGUUCGGCAGGAUGGGGCAGUUCGUUCAAAUUGAACGAAUCCUCCAGGCUCCUAACCCAAGUUUCCGUGUUCAAAUUUGAAGACCUCCUUUUGUGAGUGAGUGCCAAAAUGAAUUCCCACUUUCAAGACGCGAAUUAAAGUUAAAAGAAACUGAAAGAGUGAUAUUUAGGUAAAUAGACGCAUCAUUUUCUACACUGUUCAUUGUCAAAAUCAAAAACUGGAAAAUCAUGGUGAAAUUUAGGGAAUUGCGACGUUAUAGCGACGCUACAUCUAUGUUUCGGACCACACGAAAACACGGGAGUUUUUUUUUAAAUUAGGAAAGAAAAAUAAUCUAGAAUAUACACUUGUCGGCAUUGAAAAACUUUUACUUAGUCUUAUGUAAAUUUAAUGAAAAAAAAAUGUUUAGAAUUAUAUACAAUUUUUAGGAAUGAUCAAGUCAUUUUCUUGUAUAAUCUUAGGAUGAUAGAAAGGAGAAAAGCACACCAACUUUGUAAAUAAAUCCUUCUCUCCUCCCCCCCCCCCCCCCCCCCCCCAAAUGUGUGUUAAUAAAUCUUCAGCUAAAAAGAAAAGUGUAAUUAAUUCACAAAAAAAUGCUAAAAUAAUAUUCUUCUAGUGGUGUAGAGUGCUUGAGAUGGAAGAGACAGGAGAAAACAAUUCAAUAAAAAAAUUUAAUAUCAUUUCAGCACGAUAAAAUGGUAAUAUACAUUUUAUUUCUGUUAAUUUAUUGUGAUUAUUCUUCAAAUUGUAUACAACUAUUUAAAAUAAUAAAAUAUCUUACGAAAUUCACAA